AUGCAGUCCCAGUGGUACCCACCCAACAAUGGUGGUGGUAGUGGUGCGGUUGUGUACGACGGUGGACACUAUGGCGGGGAGAAUGUCUCUUUUUACGGUCCACCGUCGAUGGGAGGUUAUCCGGAGAAACCGAUUGGUCCGAGCUUCAAUGGCGGACAAGCCGGAUAUGACGCUGGUUCGGCUGCAGUGCCUUACGAGUAUCCUGGCCACAGGAUUGUGCCACCUCAGCAGUCAUUGUGUCCACCGGGUGGCUUAUAUAAUCAAUCCCAAAUGCUGACUGCGGUGGCGCCAGCAACGGCCCCUAACAAUGAUUACCAACACCAUCACCAGCAGCAACAGCACGGCUCAGUAACGGGUGGCGCUUAUCAGCCCUUCUACCCGUUGGCCCCACAACCUGCUGCUCCACCACCUUCUGCUUCUUCUUCUCCGUAUAACACGCCGUCCGAAAUGGUAGGCGCCCCGAAUUUAUCAUCCGCCUCGUUUCUGGAGCAACCGUACGUGUCGGCGAACUACGCACCCUGCCAGGGACCUCCGCCGUGGAACUACGCGUACUGCUACGGCUACUACGGGCAGGAUGCGUGCCCGUACGUCAACAUGGUCGAUAUGGAGGACUUCAUGAACAAUGAGAAGCGCAAGGAAAAGUCGCGCGAUGCCGCACGGUGCCGCCGGUCGCGCGAAACCGAAAUCUUCCAGGACCUAGCCAGCCUGUUGCCGAUGCGCCAGGAGGAUGUCGAGCACCUGGACAAGGCCUCGGUGAUGCGCCUGUCGAUCGCCUAUCUGCGGGCACGAAACAUGCUGGAACUAUACGUCGACGAAACGAUGAAAAUCAAGGAAGAUUCCGAUGAGCCGAUGGAAACGAUGGCGGCGGCCGAAAGCAAACUGGAUCUGACAGGGUUCGGGAUGGUGGAACCGGAAAAGCUGACCCUGUCCGCGCUCGACGGCUUCCUGUUGAUCCUGUCGGCGGACGGCGAUGUGACGUACGUUUCGGAAAAUGUCAACGAGCAUCUCGGGAUUGCGCAGAUCGACAUCAUGGGCCAGCCGAUCUGGGAGUACAGUCACCAGUGCGAUCACGACGAGCUGCGCGAGGCCCUGAACGGCCGUCACCAUUCACCGUCGGAGCUGCUGAACGGGGUGGCCAACAGCGAGUGCCGGCCGAUGGAGAACCGCGAUUUUUUCCUCCGGCUCAAGUGCACCCUCACCAGCCGGGGCCGGAGCGUCAACAUCAAGAGCGCCUCGUACAAGGUGCUACACGUGACCGGACACAUCGCGUGCAAGGAUACGGACGGCCAACGCCAGCUGGUGUCCAUCGCCCGCCCGCUGCCGCACCCGGCCAACAUUGAGGUGCCGCUCGGAUCGAGCACCUUUCUGUCGAAGCACUCGCUCGGGAUGCAGUUUAGCUACGUCGAUGACAAAAUGCUUUCGCUGCUGGGCUACGAGCCGAACGAUUUGCUUGGAAAGUCGCUGUACGAGUGCCAUCACGCCAGUGACGCGGAGCACCUGAUGGGCACCUUCAAGCACGUCAUCAGCAAGGGCCAGAGCGAAACGUCCCGCUACCGGUUCCUCGCCAAGACGGGCGGCUACGCUUGGGUGGUCACGCAAGCGACGGUCAUCUACGACAGGCAAAAACCGCAGAGCGUCGUUUGCGUCAACUACGUCAUAAGUGGUGUGGAGAACGAAGAUGACAUUUUGUCGUGCGCACAGCUGGAAGCACGUGAGCAGCAGCAGCAGCGCGAAGAGUGCACAAGUAGCGCCGGAAGUGAUACCGUGUGUAGCGGCAGCAGCACCGAACUUCUUGUCGCAGGACAGCAGCCGGCCCCGAAGCCCGUGAUCCUGCCAGCGGCGGGCGUGCUAGUGAAAGUGCCAGCAGACGAAGAACCGAUUGCAGCAGCAGCAACACAGACGAACCACGGAAUCGAACUCGUUUCCGUCGAACCGUUGGUGGUCAGUGUCAGUGGUGCUGGUGUGGUGCUCGACACCGGCAGCGGCAACGUGGUGGUGUGUGUGAAGCAACCCAGUGCUACCGAACCACCAGCAGCAGCAGCAGCAGCGAAUCGUAUCCUUCGGGAGCAAAACUGUGCCAGUGGCGGCAUCGGUGGUGGUGACCUGAUUCCGUUGCAGAAGGCAGCGCCCCUCGCGACCGGAAGCAACAACCGUCGUCCGGUGUGUGUUACGGCGUCCAUCUUUACCAGCCUACCGUCGGCGGUGGUUGGUCCGACCGCGGCCAAGUCUGCGGCACCGAUCAAGCGCGAACAGCAGCAGCUUACAGCCGCCGGAUCAUCUGCCGGAUCGCUGCAGUCCGUGACGGCGAAACUGUUCGUGACGCUUCCUCCGCCGACCGCUGGUGGUGCUGGUGGUGGAAGUGGUAGUGGCGGCGCGGGCAACAAACCCCAGCACGCCACCGAGAAGAUCUUCGCCCCACGGACGGAAGAUAUGAAUAAGGGAUUCUUGAUGUUCUCCGAGGAAGAGCCUGGCCUGACAAUGCUUAAAGAUGAACCGGACGAUCUAACGCAUCUGGCACCGACCGCGGGCGAUGCGUGCAUACCGCUGGAAGAGUCGAGCACCUUCUUCAACGAAAUUUUCGAAGACUUCAUCAUGCCGGACAGCUACACCCUGCUGCAGGACGAACUGUGCUCGCUCGACUCGCAGGACACCCGGCUGGACUGCGGCCCGAUGGUGGUCCAGUCCGGCACCGGGUCCGGCGGACCGGUGUCGGCGUUCCGUUCGCUCGUUCCCGGAACCGACCCCAAUAGCACACCUGCGUCUGGAACCGGCAACGGCGGAACACAAUGUAACGGGCCCCGUACGCUCCAGAGCGUACACCACCUGUCCCCGAGCACCACGGUCGCAUCGCCCGCGUCCUCCGUGUCCCUGUCGUCGUCGUCAGUGCCAUCGUCACCGAGCGGAUCGCUCCACUCGUCGUCGUCGUCGUCGCCGUCGUCCUUGUCGUCGUCGUCGUCAUCGUCCAAUCCCAACUCCCCGUCGGCCACAUCCGGGCUCGGUUCGUCCGCCUCGAGCACGGUCUCUACCGUCGACGGUCACACCACCAUCCAGAACACCACCAGCAACGAUCCGUUCAUCAACUAUCGGGACGAAACGAGCGAGGUCAGCCCGUCGCCGCAUUUACUCUCGCCCGGUAUCUCGAAGAGCCCUGAAAGUAGCAGCCUACCGUCGCUGUGCAGCCCGAACGGUUCGCUCCCGGAGGACGAACUUGCAUUUAUGAGCCUUAACAUGGACGAACUUGACCUUUCGAUGCGGGCCCCGUACAUCUCGAUGAGCGAAGUGGACGAUCUGCCCCUGCUCACCUCGGACGAUCUGCUGUGGGGGGCACCGGGCACCGGCCUCGAAGGAGGGCCUCCGGGUGCCUCGUCCAUCGGCAGCGCCUUCGGGCUGUCGGGCAAAUUCUUCAUCAAAGACGAAUUUACUACCCUGACCGGUGCAAACGGGACGGGUGGCAGCAGCAAUAACAACCACCACACGCCGGCGGUCACUCCGGCGGGCCACCGACAGCAGCAGGAGCAUGGCCUCAUUACGGACGUAACGAUCGGAGCCGGAAGCAGCGUCAGUGCCACGAAUGCGUCGUCGCCCGACAACGAUGACAGCAAAGCAACGCUGGCGGCCACCACCGCACCGUCGUCGAUCGACUCCAGCCUAGCGGCUCUACUGUGCGGCGGUAGUGUCAUCAGCAUACAAACGGAAACGGCAAAUCUAGUGCCCCAGCACACCACCACCGGAAGUACACACAAUGUCAGCAAUCAGAUACUGAUAGCACACGCAAUACCACGAUCCACCAAUCCGUCAAAUCAGCAGCAGCAACCACAACACAAUACCACCCAUCAGUCACUACAACAGCACCACCACCAGCACCACCACCAGCACCACCACCACCAGCAGCAGCUGCAGCUCAGUAGUGGGCAACAACCGGAAACGGGUUCUAGCACCAACAAGCGCAUCAAGCUCUCGGAACAGGAUAGCUUGCAGCAGCAGUCGAUGGUUGUGAUACCUACGGCCAGCGUAAAGCUAUGCGACACGUGGAAGUUCGACGACCUGCUCCAGCUGAACGCUGGCGACGGAACGAGCAACAGUGUCACCGGCAAACUGAACGCCCAGCCGCCCACCAACGCCAGCAGUGUGGUUGCGUCGUUCGUAAAGGCCGCCGCCACCAAAAAGGCACCGACCGGUUCGUCCGUGAAUGGCAACAAUAAGCGUGCGAACGAUGGCACGGGUGAAACGGCCACCGGAAACACGUGCAAGCGCCUGAAACCGUGCGCUACCACCGGCACGUCGGCCCCGCAGCUCCUGCAGCAGCUGAUGGCACCGUCGCCGUUGCCACAGAAGCUAAAGUCUAAGUCGCGGCAAGCGCAGGACGCAGCCGGUGGCCGCUGGCCCAACGGUGCGGCCAACGGUGCGGCGGGACUGCUGCAGGAGCAGUCCGGUAACUCGGUGCUGAUGAACCUGCUCGUCAGCGGUUGCGACACCACUAUUCCCUUGACACCACCGGAAACCCUCAUCGACGACACGGUCCAAUGCUUGCCGAUGGACACCGACGACGACAUCGUUAAGAAUGACGUGGAUAUGCUGUUUAACCUUGGCGAAGAUGGAGAAAAUGGCGUACUGUUCAGCUCCACCAAUCCACUGAUCGGUGGCCAGGCUCCACUGAGUGACUCUAUCGUGCGUCCUCUCACCAUCCAGACGGAUAAUGGUUUCGCCAAUGGCCGGCCGCACCAACCACUGUCCGGUGAUCCUUCGGGCAAGCGGUUCCUCACCGAACCGGACGGAUCGCCCGGAUCGACAAUGGACGACUUCAUGAUGACCGUAUCGCCGACUCUGCUCACACCGACCGACAUGGAGAUCUGGCGUGCCAUCCAGCAGGGCCAGCUCGACCCGAAAAAGAUACCGUCGCCAUCGUACGGCGGUGGCGUAGCCGGAAGCCGCAUUCCACAGUCACUGUCCAGCACACCGACGGCGCAGCUGGCGGAGCUGUUGGGUGACGCGUCGGAGGCCAACCUGCUGGCCGUCCUCGACCCUGGUCUGAAUCUACCUCUCGAGAUGCUCCCCGGUUCGUUCAGGACAAUCGCAGGCCAUCUGCAGCAAGAUUUGAAAUGAUUGACGGAGGCGCUUUAAGUUUGACGAUUAUCACCGUACCGUUUUUGUCUUCUAUACUAGAGUUUCUUUUGCUCACCCAUUGUUCCCUUUUUUCAUUCCUUUCGAGCGUGUGCCGUCGCGGGAUCAACGUUGACGAUUUCUCUAACUUUUUUGGUUCACCUUCUUCCACAUUUACAACGUGUCCAACCAUCAGUAAUCAGCAGGUUUCACAGAGGUUUCACGGGGAGCAAUCCAGUGAUAGGAUUGGCUUUCGGCAAACCAUUUACAAGGAAUGCCCACAUAAGCUCAACGACAAAGCAAAAACAAAAAUAAACAAAUCGGCCAAGCAAAGGACACAAGCAAACGGGGUUAGAUGAUAAGAAAUGGCAUUUUUGGCCCCGGAGGUGGGCCCUAUAAUGGCAAACAAACGGUGCACAUAGACGAAUGUGUUUAGGGUAUGUUUUGGUAGGAGAUGGACAAACACAAUUGAUAGUACAACCAUUUUUAAACGAGUUUGUGGGAGAUAAUAUAAAACGUAUCACGUGCUGUGGCGUGUCACCCGUCACAGCCAUUAGUACCGAAGGAGAAAUAGGACGUGCAUUUUGUGUUCCCACCACACUUUUCAAUGGUGAUCAUGGCGCUUUGAUAGAAAACUGCAGUAGGGCUCAUUCGCACUCAUACUUUGGAC